AUGUCGAAUUUCCCGACGAGUGAAUCAGUUCAGAUAAGAGAAGUUUGGGACGAAAACUUGGCUUCUGAAAUCAGAUUAAUCCGAACCAUCGUGGAUAAGUACCCUUACAUCGCCAUGGACACCGAGUUCCCAGGCACGGUAGUAGUACCCACCGGCACUUCCAAUGGAAUCGAUUUCAAGAAGAACAAAGAAAAGGGUGUCAGUUUCAGGGAUUUCGGCGAGCUGUUGAUGUCGUCCGGCGUCGUUUCUAACCACAAAGUUCAUUGGGUGGUUUUUCACAGCGGAUAUGAUAUAGGGUACUCGCUGAAGUUGCUCACGGGGACGAAUCUUCCUCGAACGAAACAAGGGUUCUUUGAUUUGGUUAGGGCUUUCUUCCCCAACAUAUAUGAUGUCAAGCACAUGAUUACGCGUGCCAAUGGCGUCCAUGGUUCGUUAAAAAAUGUUGCAGAACAGUUGCAGAUCGAGAGGAUUGGUCCUGCUCACCAAGCCGGUUCGGAUAGUUUGGUUACUUGCCGUGUGUUCAUGAGGCUGAAAGCACGUUUCUUUGGUGAUCGUGAGACCGAGAAACUUGCCGGUGUUCUGUUUUGGCUUGGUGCGGUGGAUCAAAGUAAUGAACCCUAA